AGGUUGAAUGAAGGGAAAAAACAAAAAAAAAAACAUGGGGUCCGAGGUCUCUCAUUCAAAACUCGUAAGGACUGUUUGGUUAAUUUGAAAUUGGAUAAGAUCCGGCGAGUUCGGGUUCUUCUGGGAAGCACUGAUCUAAUACAGAAGUCAUCGGUCGCCGACGUUUUGUUGGAGAGAGAGAGAGAGAGAGAGUGAGAAGAUGACGCUAAAGAUAUACGCCGAUCGAAUGUCACAACCAUCUCGCGCCGUUAUCAUCUUCUGCAAGGUUAAUGGAAUAGAGUUUGAGGAGAUCAAGCUGGAUUUAGCUAAACGUCAACAUCAUUCUUCUGAAUUUAAAGAAAUAAACCCUUUCAGACAAGUGCCCGCGAUAGUUGAUGGAAGAUUUAAGCUGUUUGAGAGUCAUGCAAUUCUUAGAUAUCUUGCUUGUGCAUUUCCUGGAGUUGCCGAUCAUUGGUAUCCAGCUGAUUUAUUCAAAAGAGCAAAGAUCGAGUCAGUGUUGGAUUGGCAUCACUCCAAUCUACGCCGUGGUGCAGCUGCCUAUGUUUUGCAUAGGACACUUGCACCUGCGCUUGGCCUUAAAAAGAAUCCACAAGCAGCUGCCGAAGGCGAGAAAAUAUUGUCUGCAUCGAUUGAACAGAUCGAGUCUUUUUGGUUGAAGGGGAAUGGCCGGUUUUUACUUGGUAGCUUCAAACCAUCCAUUGCAGAUCUCAGCUUAGUUUGUGAACUAAUGCAACUUGAGGUCGUGGAUGAGAAAGAUCGCGAUCGAAUAUUAGGCCCACACAAGAAAGUUAAGCAGUGGAUUGAAGAUACAAACCAAGCAACAAGGCCUCAUUUCGAUGAAGUACAUGUAAUCCUCUUCAAACUCAAAGCAAAGCUACAGAAGCACCGAUUGUUGGAAGCUAAUAACAAGAUUGAGUCUGGCACAAAAACGGUAUUGCCCUCGAAGAUGUGAGAAACAUCUGCGGAAAUAAGUUUUGUGUCUGUAAUUCAUCUAUGUAUCUUCGUACGGGUCUUGAGAUCAUACGACAAAAGCAAACAAAAACAGAGGCAAGCUCAAAGAAUUUUGUACUUUUUUUUUUUAUCAGAAGAAUGUUGUACUUUGAACUUUAUACUAUCUUGCGAAGUUUGUACAAUAGACUUUGUGCUUGUGUUGAAUGAAACUUACAAGAUUGUGAUUGUA